GUUCGCCAUAGAUCGUCUAUUCCAGAAGAUCUUAUUUCUGACGUGUAUAGAAAGCGCAACUUCCUCGACGAUCAGGAACUAUCAGAUGUCGUGAUCAAGUUUGGAGAUAAGCAAGUUUUUGCUCACAAGAUCAUGCUUGCCAACGGUUCAGCCUGGUUUGAAAAAGCCUUGCUGGGUAGUUUCAGUGAAGCAAACAAGAAGAUCAUCGAGCUGCACGACGAUAUCAAUCCGGAGGUCAUCAUGGCUAUGCUCAAACAUCUCUAUGGUUCCAACUACUACCAGCAAAAGAUACUGAUCGGAAUCAAUGGAUCUGCUGCAUUCCAUCUUGAGGUUUUCAUGCUAGGCGACAAGUACGACAUCAGCUCCUUACGCGAAGAGGCCUCGGAACGGUUCACGGAUGUUUUGGAACAUGAAACUGACCUUGUCAACUUUCACGAUGCAACCAUUCAUGCCAUCCAAAGAUUGCUUGGUCCUGAUGCUUCGCAGCUUGCCGACCAGUCUUUGGUAAAAACCACCAAAGCUCUCGUUCUCGGUAAUUACGAUUGUCUGUUCUGGAACAAAACUUUCCGCAGAUUGUUGGCCAGAGGAACAAUGCUUGAGGAAGAUCUUGCGUAUGACUUUCUGGACAAGGUGUUGAGAAGAGAUUGUGCGCGUCCUGAACGGUCAUGA